AUGCGCGCGGUCGCGGUCGCGGUCGCGGGCCGACCGCCGACGCACGUCGCGUCCCCGCGCGCGCUCACGCGCGCGCGCGGGUCCAUCGCGCGGCCGCCGCGCGCGACGGAGAAGGACGCGGACGCGGACGCGCCCCUCUCCGCGCGCGUCGCCGCGCCGGACGUGAAGAAAAAGAAAGACGUCGACGACGACGACGACGCGUCGAUCGCGGCGUCGAUGGCGGCCGCGCGCGCGUGCGAAGCCUCCGGGAUGUCCCCCGGCGCGGGCCUCUCCUCCGCGGAGGACCAGGCCGAGGCCGCGUUCGCGGACAUGAUCAACACGACGGUGGACGUCACCGGCGAGGCGCUGGACGCGGACGCGCGCGCGAGGCUCGCGGAGGGGGGGCGCAUGGACGGCGCGUCGACGAGCAGGAAGAGCGGCGGGAUGUGGAGCGACGUUCGAGAUUUGUUCGGCGCGUUGGGGAAGGGCGCGCACAUCGUGCGGCAGAAGAACGGAAGGGUGUGA